AAAGAAGAAGAAGAUGAACAAUAACUUUUGUGUUUAAUUUAGGCAGUUGGAGCUUGGAGGGAGAGUUAAUGAGUGGGGGAAAUUUUGUCAAUUCAUGUUAAGUUAAAUUUACAGUCAUUAAUGUAUUACUAACGUUUAAUUAACGGAGUGAUUACUGUAGUUAAUUACUUGAAAGUAGUGGUGUACCGCUAAUAAUUAAAAUUUAAGUAGGUGUAUCAUGUUAAAAGCCCAAACCUAGGGUAUCCAAUGAUAAUUUCCCAACAAAAAAAAAAAAAAACAGAGGGAGUAUAAACUUAAAUUUCCCCAUUUACGACUCCCACAUUUGUAAAUCAAUUGACCAGGUAACCUCUGACCGAUCGAGUAACCUUUAACCAAGUAACCCCUCAUCGACCGAGUAAUCCAUGACUGACCGAGUAACCCUGACUGAUCGAGCAACCUCUGAUCAAGUAACCAUGGCCGACCGGGUAACCCCUGACCGACCGAGUAACCCUUGAAUAACGAACCUCGACCAGACGAUGUGACCAGUCACAUAUGAAAUUUUGUGUUUAUAAAUUGUAUUGUAAUGUUUAUACUUGUAUAAAAAAUAAAAGUUAAAAUUAAAAAUAAUUAAAAUUGUAAUCUUUGUACGGAGUAUUUAUUUUUCUUUUACUACGUUUUUUUUUUUUUUAAUGAAAGUUAUUUUAUCUACAUAAAUGCCACAUAUCUUAGAGAGAGGUUAGGAAUUUCUCCUUUCUCCUCCAUCUCCAAUUCUCAAUCUUCCCUCUCUAUCUUCAAAGUGAAACUUUCAUUUCACUCUCCUCCAAAGAAUAAUAUGCUGCUCACUCCAAAUAUCUCAACAUGGUCUUGUCUUACUGACACUUUCAGAAAUCCUUCAUCCUCUUAUCCUACCUUCUCAUGCAAGUCAAGCCUUCAUGAUAGUUGUAUUGGACGUCUACCCUUUCCAUGGAUGACGGAUAGAUCAGGGAAGAGCUUGAGAUCAGUUGGAGGAUCAGGUAAUGUGCUUUAUCUUAUUGAGGCUAUUAAUCGAGGUCAAAUACUCCAAGUGAGAGCUAUGAAAUUGCAGGCAGGGACAUCCAUGACGGUGUGCUUUCCUUUAAAGCAUGGUGGGUUGCUAGGAGCAAGUACACUAAAUUGUAGAAUUUCAAUUAGCGGACCUGUUGUAAAUUGGAGAAAACACAGAAUGAAACAAGUGGCUUUCCGUGGGAUUAUGAUAAAAAAUUCAGACAGCAUGUUGAUUACAGAUGUGAAACCGAUAAAAGGCAAAUCUAAUAAAGGGGUUUUGGAGGCAUUACAGUCAAUUGAAGACCCAAACAAUGCUUUUGAUUACUUCAAGUCUGUAGCAGGGAUGCCUUAUGUUGUCCAUACAACUGAAACUUGUAAUUACAUGCUUGAAAAGUUGAUGGUGCAUAGAAGAGUAGGGGAUAUGGUUUUUGUGUUCGACUUGAUGCAGAAGCAAAUAAUUAACAGGAACUCAACCACUUACUUGACAAUUUUUAAGGUGCUCAAUGUAAGGGGUGGAAUGAGGCAAGCUCCCUUUGCCCUUGAGCGGAUGGAAUCUGCUGGGUUUAUCUUGAAUGCUUAUUCGUACAAUGGAUUGAUUCAUUUGCUUCUUCAGUCAGGAUAUUGUAGAGAGGCUUUGGAGGUGUACAGAAAAAUGAUUAAAGGAGGAAAUAAGCCUAGUUUGAAGGCAUAUUCUGCACUCAUGGUUGCAGUAGGUAAACGAAGGGAUACUGAAACUGUAAUGGGACUGUUGAAAGAAAUGGAAAGUUUGGGAUUAAGGCCUAAUGUUUACACCUUCACUAUAUGCAUUAGAGUUCUUGGGAGGGCAGGAAAAAUCAAUGAGGCGUUUAGAAUCUUGAAAAGAAUGGAUGAUGAAGGGUGUGGGGCUGAUGUUGUUACGUAUACGGUUCUCAUUGAUUCACUUUGUGUUGCUGGAAAACUGGAUGAGGCAAAGAAUCUGUUCCUAAAGAUGAAAGAUAGCUGUCACAAACCUGAUCGAGUAACUUACAUCACCCUCAUGGAUAAAUUCAGUGAUUGUGGAGACUUGGAUAGUAUCCAUGAACUUUGGAGUCAGAUGGAAACUGAUGGUUAUCAUGCUGAUGUUGUUACCUUUACCAUUCUCUUGAAUACUUUAUUCAAAGCUGGAAAAAUUGAUGAGGCAUUCACUCAAUUAAGUAUCAUGAGGGAACAUGGCAUUACACCAAACCUUCAUACCUACAACACUUUGAUUGGUGGCCUUUUAAAAGCAAAUAGGCUGGACGAAGCUCUAGGUCUGUUUGAAAGCUUGGAAUCUCUUGGUGUUGAACCAACUGCCUUCACCUACAUUUUGUUUAUAGAUUAUUUUGGGAAAUCAGGAGCGACAAACAGAGCUCUGGAGACAUUUGAGAGUAUGAAAAGUAGGGGAAUUGUUCCGAAUAUUGUUGCUUGUAAUGCUUACUUGUAUAGUCUUGCUGAGGCUGGGAUGCUGAAGGAGGCAAAUGAUGUUUUUAAUGGACUUCAAAGAAGUGGAAUUGCUCCAGAUUCUAUUACAUACAACAUGAUGAUGAAGUGCUACAGUAAGGUAGGGAGAGUGGAUGAUGCAGUCAAGUUGCUCACUGAGAUGGUAGAAAAUGGCUGUGAUCCCGAUGUGGCUGUCAUCAACUCACUGAUUGACAUGCUUUACAAGGCUGAUCAAGUGGAUGAAGCAUGGGAUAUGUAUCAAAGAUUGAAGCAGAUGAAGCUUACUCCAACAGUAGUGACCUACAACACGCUAUUAUCUGGCUUGAGGAAGGAAGGCAGAGUACAAGAGGCUAUUAUUUUAUUCUCAGCCAUGAUAAAAAUUGGUUGUCAUCCAAACACCGUUACUUUUAACACACUCUUAGACUGCCUUUGCAAAAAUGACGAGGUUGAUAUGGCUGUGAAGAUGUUUUUUGAAAUGAGACACAUGCAUUGCAUUCCAGAUGUGUUUACUUAUAAUACUCUCAUUUAUGGUUUAACUACAGACAACCGAGUAUAUGAUGCGUUUUUGUUGUUCCACCAUAUGGGGAAGUCACUAUAUGCUGACUGUGUCACACUGUGCACUCUUAUUCCUAGUUUAGUGAAGAACUCAAUGGCUGAGGAUGCUUUGACUAUUAUCAGGAUCUUUUUGUUACAUGGUCAGCAUCGUGCAGAUCGGUCAUUUUGGGAGGAUCUUAUCAGUGGGGUUCUUGUUCAAACAAAUAUUGACAAAGCUAUGGUGCUUGCUGAGAGCUUGAUAUUUUCUGAGCUUUGCCAAGAUGACUCAAUUUUAGUGCCACUCUUUAAGGUUUUGUCCAAACAUAGAAGGGGACUUGAGGCACAUGACUUCUUUUUAUGGGCUAGAAGCCGCGGAAUUGAAGCUACGUUGGAAUUGUAUUAUGUAUUAAUCGAAGGGCUUUUGGAUUUAAGUCUUCUUGAACUGGCCUGGGAUCUCUUUGAGGAAAUGAAAAAAAUUGGUUGUGUCCCAGAUGUGUCCACAUACAAUUUGCUGCUCGAUGCUUUUAGUAAAUCUGGGGAUGUUGAUAGGCUUCUUAGUCUUUAUGAAGAAAUGCAGAAUCGUGGGUGUACUCCGAAUACAAUAACUCAAAAUAUCAUUAUCUCCGGCCUUGUGAAAUCUAACAGCAUAGACAAGGCUGUUGAUAUGUUUUAUAAUCUUGUUAGCAGAGAUUUUUCACCCACUCCUUGUACGUAUGGACCUUUGAUAGAUGGAUUGGCAAAGUCAGGAAGACUGGAAGAAGCAAAAAGUUUCUUUGAGGAAAUGAUCGAUUAUGGAUGUGAACCAAACUGUGCUAUUUAUAAUAUCCUAAUAAAUGGCUUUGGCAAAUCCGGCGAUAUGGAUACUGCUUGCACUUUGUUUAGGAGGAUGGUUCAAGAAGGAAUCCGACCGGAUGUUAAAUCUUAUUCAAUUCUUAUUGACUGCCUAUUGAUGUUAGGGAAAGUGGAUGAUGCAUGGGACUAUUUUCAGGAAUUAAAACUGCAGGGCCUUGAUCCCGAUUUAGUGUGUUAUAACUUUAUGAUCAAUGGUCUUGGGAGAUCUGGGCGAAUUAGAGAUGCUCUCUCUGUUUUUGAUGAGUUGCAGACAAGGAAGAUUUCUCCUGACUUGUACACCUACAAUUCCUUGAUACUACAUCUGGGAAUUGCAGGAAUGAUGGAAGAAGCAGGAAAGCUCUAUGAUGAGCUUUUGCUAAAGGGAUUAAAGCCUAAUGUGUUCACAUAUAAUGCUCUCAUUCGAGGGUAUGGCAUAUCCGGAGAUCCUGACCGUGCAUAUGCCAUCUAUCAGAGGAUGAUGAGCGGUGGCUGCAGCCCCAACUUGGGAACCUUUGCACAGCUUCCUAACCAGUUUUGAUUCUAUGGUCAUUAAAAAUUUUCUGACCUGUGAAGUUACAUUCAGGCCUUCUGUACAGUAUAGCAUGGGAAGGUUCACUUACAUUAUACAAGUAUCUUGUUUAAAAAUAGUCUGUGCAUUGCUACUGUACUCUGUUGUAGACGUGGAUUCUGGUAUUGAUGUAUAUUCCACCACUGUAUAUAUAAAAAUAUGCUUAAUAUCUAUCAGCAUUUUUUUUUAAAGACAGGCUAUAAAAAUUUACU